UCAAGGCCUCUCUGAAAUCAGAGAACAUGUCGUUGCUAUGUUUUUUCGAUUUCGCUCGGAUUACGCUCGGAUCACGUCCCGAAAUUGUCAGUGAAGUAGACAUCAGAUAAUUCAUAUGCUCCAUUUGCGGACAUUGCGGGGCUUGGGCGCAGAGCAGUACGGGACGUCUGUGUGAUAGAGAUUCGUGAGAAGGGUUCAGUUUUCCUGUCACAUGGUUCGUCUAGAGGUGCGCGAGCAAUUUUGCCCUGAAGAUUAAAAUUCUUGCCUGCUGUUAAGGGGCAACGAUGUUUCAGGUGGAGCGCUGGCUGGGAGGAGAAAGUCGGAAGCAUGGUUCUCCAUUAUUAUUAGAUCGUUUGAAUGCCAGAGCUCGGGAGCGGGCUGCUUUGCUCAGUAGAGAGAAAGCGGAAGGUUCUUCUCCAGGUAACAGGGAGAAAGUCUCGAACAAGGAUUCUGAUCCUGCACUGAGUAGAGAUGAAAGCAAGGAGGAAGUCUCGGAGGUUGUGGUUGAGGAAGAAUUUAAUGCAGUGAGCGAAACUGUACCUCAUACUAGGCGAAAAAAGCGAAAGCAACACCAGGAACACAAGGCAGAAUUGGCAACCUUGAUUGACCAGGAAGCUCCUGAUUCUGCUGUAAAGGUCAAAAAGCACAAGAAGCUGAAAGUCUCGGAUACGACUGAAGAACAUGUGUUUCCUCUGGAAGCUCCUGCUUCUCCUGGAACGGAAGAACAGGAAAGGAAGGUGAACGAUACUUUAACAAGUGAAGAUAAUACAGAGCGAGCGAAAGAGAAUUCUGCAGCCGACAUCGACAGAAGUGUCCCGGAGCUGGUUGAAUUUCAAGUGUCCAAAUUGGAGAAGAAACGAAAGAAAGAAAAGAGGUUGAAGAUACGAAGAGGGGGCAAUUUGGAACCAGAUGGUGGUCCUUCGGAACAGAUCAAUGAAGAGGAGCCUGACAGUAAGUCCCUAGGGGUUCCAGAUGAGGAUGAGGAGCAUGUAAUUACAGAGAACACUGACGAGUUGAACGCACUCGGAGCGGACGAUACUUCUCGGAUUGAACCUGAUUUUUCCACAAUUGAGAGGGAUGUGGAUAGAAUCAUGGGUCGUGAUGUUAAUUUGGUUCCAGCAGAGUCGCAAGACCACGGGCCGGUGUUGCCAUGGAUGCGUGAUCCGCUUGAUAUUGAUACCUACAAGGCCACCUCCCUGAGAGAAGUGCCUGGCUUGGACACCAGACUUCAAGAUGCGCUUUCGAAGGCAGGAAUACAGUCGUUGUUUCCGGUACAGAUGGCCGUGUGGCACGAGACUGUGGGCCCUGGUUUAAGCGAGCGAGACGUCUGUGUCAGCUCACCAACAGGCAGUGGCAAAACACUAUCUUACGCAUUACCCAUCGUUCAAAAGUUAUCGUCUCGGGUGCUUCGUCUUCUUCGAGUUCUUGUAGUGCUCCCGACCAGGGAUCUAGCUGCGCAGGUUAAAGCAGUUUUUGACACCAUCGCACCAGCAGUUGGUCUCUCAGUGGGACUAGCUGUGGGACAGACGUCCAUUGUAGCUGAAGCGGCUGAAUUGGUUCAGAUUCGUAAGUCGAUGGUCCACAGUUUUGGAAAAUCUGAGGCUGCAACUCCCGACCUUGCCGAAAGCCAGGUUGACAUACUUGUUGCAACUCCAGGGCGCUUGAUGGACCAUAUUCGAAAUACGAAAGGGUUCACUCUUCAGCACCUACAAUUUCUCGUUGUUGAUGAAACAGAUAGAUUGCUACGGCAAUCUUACCAGGAGUGGCUGCCAAAUGUCUUGGCGUGUGCUUCUGCUUCUGGCCCGAUGUUGUCUGGACUAGCGUUUCGAAACUCUCAUCCUGGCUCAGUCCGCACCAUUAGAAAUUGCUGUCUUGAAAGAGGAAAUAGAGGCACUGCACUCCCACGAUUGAUGAAGAUGGUGUUAUCGGCUACCUUGACGAGAGAUCCAGCAAAAAUUGCACAACUUGGUCUUUUCUGCCCCAUAUAUGUGGCGCCUGGAGCUGCCGGCAACCGGUAUCAACUACCAGAACAACUUAAGUCUUACAGGAUGGUCUGCAAACCGGGAGAGAAGCCCUUAUAUUUGGUAGCACUCUUGCAACAGCUUUGCAGCCAAACAACCAUUGUUUUCACCGCUUCUGUAAUGGCUACUCAUCGACUGUAUACUCUGCUAAAAUGCUACAAAGGAUUGUCGUUCAAGGUGGUUGAGUACUCAAGCUUGCAGCAUCAACAAGCCCGCAGUAAAGCGUUGGCAAAAUUCCGGAAUGGCCAGGCACAAGUGCUCAUUGCCUCAGAUGCGAUGACAAGGGGUAUGGAUGUGGAAGGUGUUGCAAACGUUGUCAAUUAUGAUAUGCCGGUGUACGCAAAGACCUACGUCCAUCGUGUUGGGCGCACUGCUCGAGCCGGACAGCCCGGGAGCUCUUAUACUCUUCUUCGGAAGGAGGAGGUACGACACUUCAAACAGAUGUUGAAGAAAGUCGACAAUAGCAAGUGCAAGGAUUAUUCACUGCCGUCAUCUGUCACCGAAGAGCUUUAUGAGUCUUACACUGAAGCUCUGGAGAAACUGAAGCAGAUAACAGCAGACGAGGCAGCAUCAAUUUCACAUGGCAGUCGGACGCAGACAGAAGGGGAAAAUAAAGUUACUGGGCCGGACGAGCUUUUCAUAUGACCACGAGAUAUCACUCAGCGUUUGGAGUACGAUGAUCUACUUAUCCCUAACUUCUGUCUAAUUGGAGAAACACAGUGUGAACAAUACGAAGAGCUGGUUGGUGAUCGGAUUCAUAUCAGUACUUUCAGUGUGCAAUCCUAGUCCAGGAUUAGAAUAAUUCGGUUGCGUCUCCACUGCAAUUCACCUGUGAGUCGAGUAGCUGGGUUCCUGAGGAAGGUUCCGGGAGGUUCCCCUUCAUGUAUUCUUCUAGUUCGCAGCUUAGGCCCGAACGACCGCAUGUAGGAGACAAUUGCCAUCCUCACUUUGGUUGGCGGCGUCUGUUUGUGAUGUCAGCUGCGCCAGAUUUCUUCAGUAAAGUUUACGUUGAUGGUGAAGAUUAUUUCCCAUAGUUCCGAUUGUAAGGAGGAGUUUCUCUGAGUUCUCUGUUACAUACUUUGUUGUCUUGUACAACUUUUACAUGAGACGAGAUAAGCUCAGUGCACUUCCAGGCAGUAGAGAGAGGCUAGUUCUUGUCUGGCAUCUACAUGGGAUUCCUGUAUUAUCGUCUCAGGAUCUUGGAUAUAUAUCUUAGACCUGAGGCUUGUCGAGAUAUGACAGGUAACAGGUUGUCGAGGUCGACGAAAACAAUUUUGCAGAUGACUGACAUACAGAUACUCCUCAGAUCCACAACG